UGAAGACUGGAGUCGGCUGCCACAACUUGGACCUCGAUAAAAAUACAAAUUUUAUGUUUUACAUUAAUAUAUUCACAUAGGCGUCAAGCACGGAAAGGGUAGUUGGGUUUUCAUGCUUCCGGAAACCGUUACUUCUACUUUCGUUUUUACAAAUGUCAUAACAAAAUAAUUUGUAAACAGGAAUAAAACAUGGCAAAACGGUCUUUGGAGCAGGCUAUUGGAAUCAUGACGGAAAGUGAGGAAACUCGGAGUUCUAUUCCUCGAGUUUUGCGAUAUGCUUUGAUAAACACCGAAUCAUACCCCAAUAAAGGAAAAGAUUUACCAGAUGAUUUUGUAAAAUACUUCAUUCCAGAAUCCGAAUGGUUUGAAAAAAAGAAACGAGGUAAAAAGAAUGACUGGAUGCAAUGUCAAAAAGAAUCCGGACAAACGUUUAUACAGUGGCAACGUUCUGGAAGCUCUUUACCAUUCGGUAGGCGUUCAACAAUAUACCUCAUUCCGUUAGCCUUCAAUGAAGAUUCUAUACCAAAAGAAAUUCUUGAUCCUAUCAAAGCAUUUGCAGCAGUUUUCUUUCAAAUCCCAGUGAAAGUGAUGGGGACAAAAAAGUUCAAUAAAGAAGUUCCGAACAGGAUAAAUGAAAAUUCGAAUACGUACCAAGUGGAUGCUGGGAAAGUUUUAGAGAUAAUGAAACCAUUGGUGCCUAGUGAUGCAUUCUGCGUUGCAGGCAUCACAAUGUGCGAUUUAUAUCCCACAGAAUCAUGGAAUUUUGUCUUCGGACUAGCCAACUUGGCUGGAAAUUGUGGAAUAUAUUCUUUGGCUCGUUAUCUAAGUAACUUUGGUAAAACACAGACGACAGUUUAUGAACCCACAAGUGAAGAAGGUGGAAUAUCAACGAUUUUUAAGAGAGCAUGUAAGACAAUGUGUCACGAGAUUGGUCACAUGUUUGGAUUAAAACAUUGUGUUUUUUAUGAGUGUUUGAUGAAUGGAUCUAAUCAUUUAGAAGAAUCAGAUGGUCGACCUCUAUUCCUCUGUCCUGUUUGUUUAAGGAAGCUCCAGUUUUCGUGCAAGUUUGAUAUAGAGGAAAGAUAUAGACAAAUGAUUCCAAUUUUGGAGGAUUUCGGUUUUAAAGACGAUUCAAAGUGGCUUAAGACAAGACUCGCAAGACUAGAAACACUGAAGAAAGACUAACUUAUGUAAUAAUAAAUGUAUAAACCCAUAGCUCAAGACAAGAAACAUUGAGAAAAGACUAACUUUGUAAUAAUAACUGUAUAAACCCAUCGCUACGAUGUAAUAUUAAUGAAGACCUUUAUUGUGAUUUUGAUAUAAUUAUUAAAUGUAACUAUGCAUACCUGGGUUUUCUAAAAAGGCAAUUUUGCCGUUUUCCUAUUUCACUUUAAAGUCACAUGAAACGAGUGAGUGGUGAAAAAUAAUGUUUAUCCAAUUCUUGAACCAAUGCAUGUAUAUAUCAUAAACUAAGUCCUCUGUGCACGAUUUAAUCAUUAUUUUCGCAAACAUAUCAUAUAAUCGUCAAUUUUUUUUCUCUCUCUGUUUGUUAUGAUUUAACAAAUAUGGCUGCUCAUUAAAUGCCGUGUUUUGAAGCCGAGUUUUACCGAUUGUCACCUUAUAAUAAACAAAAUAACAAAAAGCAUGGGUAAUGAGCACGUGUUUAGCAUGUUUAAUCAGAUAUUUGUUUAUUUCAAUGACAGAU